AUGAUGCCUCAAGCUGAUCUUGACAGGAAAAGUGUCUGUGAAACACUCGCAGACGAAGAUUUACCAAAAAAUGAAGAGAUCCCAGACUCUGCCGGCUCGGUUCACGUGCCACCGGCGCCAGACUAUCGGCCGGAAUCUUUCUGGCUUUCGAAGGAUGCGGAAUAUGAUUGGUUGGAUCGAAACGCAUUUUACGAGCGCAAAGAAUCCACCAGAGGCAACUCCAAUUCCACUAACUUGAACCCGAGUAUCAUCCCGAAUUCGAACUCUAAUUCUCAGCGGGUUCCGGUUAACGUUAAAUCCAAAGCAUCGAUUAUUGGAUUGCCCAAAACCCAGAAAACUAGUUAUGUUGAUUCCAAGAGAAGGUAUUGUAAACCGACUAAUAUAAGACUGUUUCCGAAACGGUCCGAGUCGGCAGUGAAGAGGGCUGUCUCGGUGGCUGAGCCGUCUUCUCCCAAGGUUUCUUGCAUGGGAAGAGUUAGAUCAAAGAGUGGGAGGCGGAGGUCCAAUUCAUUGAAAAAGAAUGCGGAGAGAACAAGGACUAGUGGAGAGAAACAAAAAAUCCAGUUUUGUUCGAAUCUAAUGAGCGUCAUUUUGUGCAUGAAGGUUCAUAGCAAUCCGGUCCGGUCGGGGAGUCGAAGAGUGGUGGUGGAGGAGGCGGUAAAGGCGGUUGAACCUCAAAGGAAGAGCGUGACUGUAAAACUACGCGAGAUCCCGGUAAGUGAUGAACCGGUGGCUGAGCCUCCUUGUUUGGGAGGAGUUAAACGGUUCUCCUCGGGCCGGCGGUCGGGGUCUUGGACUGCGGAGGAUUUAAAUCAGGCGAUUUCGAAGUCGUUGAAUUUAGAUCGGCGCGUGGGACCUACGUGUGGAAGUUGA